AUACUAAAAAAAUCCCUAUUACACUUUCUUCAUCACUUUUUCACUUCACCUCCACUCCAUGUUUUUCCCCAAAAAUUCCUCUCUCCCUCCACAAUCUUCUCACCCCUUUCUCUCUGUAUAUGAAUAGACCUGUUCACGUAUUAAUCUGCAGAAUUUCAAGAUUGGCUUCAGAGUGAAAGCAUUUUGAAUACGCCCCAUCAGGUUGAGGACGCUAUUUUCUGUCUCCAGUUUGGAUCUGGAACUCUGGUGGCUCUUUGGUUUGGAUGAAAACAAUUGUAAUGUGCUUCUCUCUGUUGCAAUUUCCCCGAUGCAGAAUUCAUUCAUUAGCUAAUUCCUGGUGGGAAAGUUUUCAUAAGUUAGGUAGGAGAAGUGGAAGCAGUUCAAGUUUCAGGGUUCUUUGUUCCAACAACUAUGAGCCUGAAGGAGGAAGCAGCAGGAGGUGGACUAGAGUCACUAGACGAACUAUUAAUACAAAAACAGGAGGAAGCAAUGAGAGCUCAAUUCGAAACACGAGUGUCAGACAUGAGAUCAUUCCUGAACUAAGCAGUGAGUCAAAUAGUAAAAAAAUAGAAACAACGAAGGUACAAAGGUGCAGAAAAAUAGGCAUCAGAAGCAAGAUCAUUGCUGAAAGUACAAGCACAAAGAUUAGUACAUAUGAAGUAGAAUCAACAGAAAUAGAAUCAGAUCAGUAUUAUAUUGACUUGGCCAAACUUGCAACAAUUAUUUGUUUUGAUAUUGAAACCACGGGGUUCGCCAGAGAGAAAGAUAGGAUAAUUGAGAUUGCAUGCCAAGAUCUUCGAGGGGGUGAAAACAGCACUUUCCAGACUCUAGUGAAUCCGCAGCGGGAUGUGCCCAAUGAACAAAUUCAUGGCAUUUCAACCCGUAUGGUUAACAGAUAUGAUGUGCCCAGGAUGAAGGACCUCAUUCCUAUCUUUCUGCAGUAUGUCAGAAGCCGUCAGAUCCCUGGUGGAGUUGUGGUGUUGGUAUCUCACAACGGGCGCACGUUCGAUGUCCCCUUUCUGAAAAAGGAAUUUAGUCGAUGCUCUUAUGAGAUUCCUUCGGAUUGGUUGUUUGCUGACACCCUUCCACUGGCUCGUGCUGUAAUGAAGUCUAAAGGAUCAAAAGUUCCUUCAAAGAUAUCACUCCAAGCCCUCCGGGAACACUAUGGCAUUCCUUUGAUCGGCCCAGCACACAGAGCCCUGUCAGACGUGCACUCCUUAGCAUUAGUUCUCCAAAGGCUGACAUAUGACCUGAAAUUGCCAGUAUCUGGCCUGAUCCAAGGGUCCUUCAAGUAGGGCUCCAAUGUCUUUACUGAAGAGGAUACUUCUGCCUAGUCCGUCAUAUUGUUGUAGCAACAGUCUCAUUCUUUUGACUGCUCAUAUCUGUUUCUGUUAGAUUGUUCCAUGGUAAAGUAAGCCCGUUCUUAGUUUUAAGCCAGAAUUACAAUGGAGUUGUGUGACCACUCGUCUCAGCCUGGACUCGUUGCGUCCAAAAUUGCAGUAACUUAGAGAAUACAGAACGGAAAUUGAUAGCUGUACUUGAAAUGGUCACUAGGGCUUAUGUACUGUUAGUAAUCAAAGCAUACUUAAAUUACAUUUAUCAUGAUCUUCUGAUUUAUGAAACCAUUGAGUCAUGUAUUCUUGAAGCACUUCCAUUCAGUUUGUUAUAAAGCGAAUAUAGAAAGUGCUUCUGAAGGUUGACAUAA